CAAUUGCCGGAACGUGAAAAUUCUUCUGAGAGGAAACUCUGAAGACAGCGACGAAUACGUCUGUUUCAUCAAAUCAGGAAAGUGCAACGUGGUCAAGGAGAUGGAUCUCGUCACCAGAUCACUUCCAUUCAAGGAGACUCAACUGAUUCUUCCGCCACAGGAAUCCCAUAAGAAGUACCAGAUGACAAAGUUUGAUAAAAUGAAGAAGUUCUUUUUAAUUGUAUAUUGUCUGAAGGAAGGAGAGUGUUUUGGUGUUGGUGAAGAUCAUCGCGGUACCAGCAUAAUCACAGUAGGCCAGGUUGAAAUUGUUCAAGUGCCGCGUAAAACUCUUCUUCACAGGAAGCAUGGCUUGUUACUAUCGUUCAUGCGUGAUCGCGUUGAGGAAGCAUUCCCAUCACCUAUCGAUGUCUUUCGCAGCUUUCAAGAAGAGGUGAAAUGGAAGGAGUACAAGAGACGAACAGUUUUACAAUCAUUACAAAAACACAAUCGUCGCCUUAUGAUGCCAUCGUUUAAUGAUGUUCCUUUGUCCAUAAGGAACGUCAAUCCCGAUUACAAAGAACAUUAUGGGAUUACGAGUUUUCCAAUGAUUUAAUAUAGAAAUUUGUUAGCUUUAUAUAAUGUAUGUUUGCUAGGUUGUACAUUAAAAGUUUUAGCCCGUUA